GUGCCCUAAAGCAAAAACCUCUUAAAGAUAAAAAUGUAAAAGCCACUCUUAACUCAGGAGCACAAAUCUUGCUGGGAGGCUGAGUCUGCCCACCCUACUGUACGACGAACCCGACAAGCACAAGUCCUCGGUCACGGACACACGUUUCCGUCUCGACUAGAUACUACCAAGUUGCCCUCCAAGGGCACGUGGCAAGUCACCCCUAGCAACAAAGAGUUUCUCCAGCUCUAUAAAAGAUGCACUAAGCCCGGGCCCAGAGGAAAACAGGAGGUGUCAGGGGAAGUGGCCAGUGAGUGCUGACCCUGAGGGAGCACCGAGAACCCUUGAGAAGCAGGAAGGCUGAGAAACGGGGGUCUCUGCAGCCAGCAGCUCCCAGUCUCGCUCAGCCCUGUGUGUCACAGCCAGUGAUGAAAAGCCCAAGCUCUUUAUUUUCUUGUAUUUUGGUCUUUAUUCCCCCCUGGGUAGGGCUGAGGUCUGUGCUGAGCCUGCAGCUCCGUGCUCCAGGGGGAGGUGCCGUGGAAACCCACCUGGCUGCAAAUCCUGCCUGGCUCUGCCACCCACUGGUGCUGUGGCCUUGGGCAGGGCCCGUGACUCCUCUGAGGCCUUCCCUCAUCUACAGCACAUCAGUUGGCAGGACGAAAUGUCCAAAGCGUGAUGAAAGCUGCCUGACUAGUGACAGGUACCCAACGGCCCCACGUAAACGGGCUUAGGACGUGAAUCCCCAGUUCCGACCUGCCCUCCUGCCUCUGCGGCUCUGUUAAGCCGGCGCCCCCCUUCCCAAGGAGCUGGGCAGAGCGGGCUUCCGUGUGCAGAGUGUGAACUGCCUCACUGAGAUGGAGUUGGGGCUGCGUCCUGGGGGACCCAGCCGCUAGAUGGCAGGGUGUAAACAGAUCAGCACGUGACGACCCUGACCAGCUGUAGCCACCAGGGGGCACCCGAGCCCCAGAGAUGGCCCUGACCUGCCAGACACAUUCACUCCUGAGCCUGAAAGUCUGUUCCUUGGCAGGCUGGAGGGUAAAUUGGGAUGGAAAGUGGCAGGCCUGGGCACUCCUGGUCAGACUGCCCCAGGCAGGCCCCAUGGCCCGUGGAAGACUGUCAGGACCAAAGCCGAGGCCUGGUUGUACCUGACUGCUACCCGUGAGCUGGGUCAAAGCCCUUCCCUCCCGGGCACAGCUCACAGAGUUGGUAUAGCUCCACGGUCCCUUCCAGCCCCACACUACAUGGCUCUAGGAUGCAGCAACGGGGCAGUUUGUUCCUUUUCACUCCCAGCCUAGCUCAUCUCCACUUCGGGCAGGGAAUGGCCAGGGACACCAUGUGUCCUGGUCCCCCAGUUCCAAAGCCCUGGGGACUCUGCGGGAGUAACGUGAGGAGCAGUGUGCGAGAGGCAGUGUGCAGGAGGAGGAAGAGCAGGGUCAGGUGUGCCAAGAGCCUGGAAGGGUCUUGCCUCACUCGGGACAGAUAUCCGGUUUCCUCUGGCCUCCACCAGAUCUCCGGGGGCUUAGAGGCAUGACUCACAGGGGGUUAUUGGGGAAUUCCCAGCUAAUCAGAACUUGGGACGCUGCCUAUCUGAGUGCGGGGUGGGGAUGAGAGGCAAGAUCCCAGGACCCUGGCCCCUCAGGAGGGAGGUCACCCGAGAAAGCAGCCUCCUGGGUUUGAGGGUAGAAAUGGGGGCAGCCAGCUUCUUCCUUCUCUUAGAAUGUGGGGGCCUGGGGUGCAGGUAGUUGGAGAACCCCAAAGGAGAGGGGCAGAGGGGUUGCCCCAGCAUGUCUGCCAUCAUGGAGGGGGCAUAUCUUCCCCAUCCGUCUGAUGGCCUCCAGUCUCCCUGGCUUUUAUCAGUGGCUCAGCGGUUGUUCAGCUGUUCUUUUCAAACUCCCUGGGGCCACUCAGGCCUGGGUGGGGCUGGAGGGGGAGGAAAGGCGCUCAGGGGGUCAAGACGUCAAAGAAGGAGCAGAGAUUCCACAAUUUCACAAAACUUUCGCAAACAGCUUUCUGUACCAACCCCCUGCAUUGUCCUGGACGCUGAUUUGCAUAUCGUCGGAAGUUAUUACUAAGCCUUGGUCUCAGCCCCAGGUAAUUCCCUCUCAGGCUCCAUGGCGUUCUGUAUAAAGGCCCUCAGAAGCAGGUCGCUGACAGAGCCCAGAGCCCACAGCCCGUCCACACCUAUGGCUGAACCCGCUGCCCAGAACCCCAUGAGGUUGAUGGCCCUGCAGCUGCUGCUCUGGCUGUGUGCGCUCUGGACAGGGCAAGAAGCCACCCCCCUGGGACCUGGCAGCUCUCUGCCGCGGAGCUUCCUGCUCAAAUGCUCAGAGCAAGUGAGGAAGAUCCAGAUGGCUAGUGCAGAGCUGCAGGAGAAGCUGUGUGCCACCUACAAGCUGUGCCAUCCUGAGGAGCUGGUGCUGCUCGGUCACUCUCUAGGCAUCCCCCAGGCUUCCCUGAGCAGCUGCUCCAGCCAAGCUCUGCAGCUGACAGGCUGCCUGAGCCAGCUCCACAGUGGCCUGCUUCUCCACCAGGGCCUCCUACAGGCCCUGGCAGGGAUCUCCCCCAAGCUGGCCCUCUCCGUGGACAUGUUGCAGCUGGAUGUGGCUGACUUCGCCUCCACUGUCUGGCAGCAGAUGGAAGACCUGGGGGUGGCAUCUGCCAUGCGGCCCACCCAGGGCACCAUGCCAACCUUCGCCUCUGCCUUCCAGCGCCGGGCAGGAGGCGUCCUGGUCAUCUCCCACCUGCAGAGCUUCCUGGGGCUGGCACACCACUUUCAGUACUACCCUGCCCAGCCCUGAGCCUCGCCCUCCCCAUCCGGUGUAUUUAUCUCUAUUUAAUAUUUAUGAUUAUUUAAGCCACGUAUUUAAAGAUAAGGAAAAGCGGAAAGGAGUCCCAGACUUCUGGGCCUUUCCCUCCAACUCUGAGUCUCAUUCUCCUGCCUGUAGCAGCGGGAAGAGCUCCUGUCCUCCUGUCUCCGGGACUGGGAGGUAGAUAGGUAAAUACCAAGUAUUAUUCCCGUGACUGCUCCUGGCCCUCUGUGGUGGGCACCUGCCCCUGAGAUUCCACCCUGGCCCGUGGGGCAUCAGGAGGUCUCCCAUGUGGGAGACCAGACACCUGUUUAAUAUUUAAACAGCAGUGUUCCCCAACCAGUCCUCACGGCCUCACUCUGGCCUCCACUGGGCCUGUGUACACCAGGCUGGCCAGUUCCUAGCCCCACUCCCUGGGCACCGAGUCCCUGAGCAAAGACAAUCGGAGCCAGGAGGCUUAGCCCUGGAGUCCCACAAAUUUGCUGGGGAAUCUAGUGUUUCUUUACUAAAUUUGGGGGGCAUGUCUGACUGCCAGCAUGAGGUGCUCAGGCAUCACCCUUUUCUGUUGUCCCAGAUGCCCGCGGGGUGCCUGUCCCUGCCCUGCUGGUCAGGAUUCUGACUCUUAAGACAGGGCACUUUUUUGCGGGGCUAGAACUGAGAAUGUGAGUGGCAAAAGACAAGGGACAGUUACGGUGGGGCAGGGGGUCGAGUGUGCAAGGAAUCUCAACUGCUUACCCUCCGGCUCUGCCCCCACUUUCUCCUUGUAACCCACCUUUGGAUAAUAAAGUGUUUGUCUCCAGUAAAAA